AUGGUAGAAAAAAUUAAGCUUGACUGGACCGAAGAAAGUCAAGAAUUUCAAAGCCCGAAAAGGACAUGCAAACACCCAAACCAGCUUACUCAAGACCCUUCCAAUAUUGCGACAACAAACAGAUUUGGUAUUCUUAAUGUUGAAGCCAUGGAAACUGAUACCAGCGCCCUACCGGACGUAGCACCCGAAAACGGUAAGAAAAUGAAAAUAUGCCUACCCAUUAUUGUAAUCUCCAAAAUAGAAGAUUGCCGAAAAUUUCACAAUAUGCUGAAGAAAAUAGUCACCAACGAUAAUUUCACCAUCAGGUAUUACGCUGAUGAAACAAAAAUUUUUAUUAACAAUCACGUAGAUUAUACCAAUCUGAGGAAAUCAUUCAAAGUGGAUGAUAUUAAAUUUUAUUCCUUCUCCCCAAAAGAGGAAAAAAAGAAGAAGAUUGUGGUGAAAGCAGCAAGCUUCACCUCCGAAGAAGAAAUUAAGGAACGGAUAUUGAGCGACUACAAUAUGAAAUCCGAUGAUGUCAGCUGCCUAAAAAUGAAAGGGAAAAAUGGACAAUCGCAUUCAUUUUUGGUAUCAGUUCCAAAGACAACUAACUUGAAAGAACUUACGAAAACCAAGGAACUCGACCACAUUAAACUUGAAUGGCAGAGAUACUCGAAAAAAUCUAAAGCUCCGCAAUGCUUCCGCUGCCAACGGUUCGGCCACGGAUCUAGCAACUGUUUGUAUAUAUAA